CGGCCGACCGUGCUGACAUCACACAGGAAUUCAGGUGACCCGGCAGGCACCAGGUGCUGGUGAAAGUGGGGACAUGUCAGCUGGUUGCCAUGGCUACAGUUAUCUUUAUGCAUCUGUAUGACUGCUGACUGGUGUGUGUUUCCUGUGACCUUUGACCUCAGACCGUACGGUUGGGCGUUCAGAUGACGGCUAACUUUAAUUCCAUCAAGGAGCUGAACAACCGCUGGCGCUCGCUGCAACAGCUGGCUGAAGACCGGAGCAACAUGCUGGGCAGCGCCCAUGAGGUGCAGCGCUUCCACAGAGACGCUGAUGAGACCAAAGAGUGGAUCGAGGAGAAGAACCAGGCCCUGAACACAGACAACUACGGCCACGACCUGGCCAGCGUUCAGGCUCUGCAGCGUGAACAUGAAGGCUUUGAGCGUGACCUGGCAGCUCUGGGUGAUAAGGUUCGCUUCCUGAUCGGUACCAGGACCCGGGUUGUCUCUGGAGACACGUUCUUCAUGGUUCUGGUGACUCCACCCCAGCCGUUCCUGAUCAGCAAUCAGCGGGGUGCUUUCCUAUUUAAGGUGGAUGGAGGACACAAUUUGACGCCAGAAGAUUGCCUCAGUUUUGGAUUCCUGUCGACCUCAUUGGAUACUGACCUCUACUCCAGGAUUUGGAUAUUCAACACACGGACCUUAUCACCACCCUCCAUAACCCACCUCUCAUCUCACCCAGUGCCCCAUCCACCAGGACGCCCCGCUUCUCUCCACCUCUGCUCCCUCUCCUGCGCUUCCCCCGGCUCUCUACCUCUCCCUCCUCCAGCCAACACAUACACCCACCACAACGCUGAGCUGUUGUUGCAGUUCCAACCACAGACUUAUCUGUGCACCUUAAGUUCCUCCUUAUAAAUAAAUCAUUUUUUCCAUCA